UGUUUGUGUUUCUUUCUUUUACUUAAUUAAAAACAAAUCCAACUCCCCCUAUAUUUUCAACCUAUAUUUUAUACAUACAAUACAAUUCCCUUUUACUUUUUAUUUAUCAAUUUACCCUUUAUCUUUCAAUUAUUUCUCAAUUUAAUUUCAUUCCACAAUUAAAAAUUAUCCGUUUAAUACAUCUAAUAGUGAGUUUAAGAAAGUUAAUUAAUGAAUUAAUUAUAUGGAAAGUGCUUUAGAUUCUGCUAAUUCCUUAGCCAAUCCAAAAUUCUUUCCUUUUUUUAUUUUAUUUUAUGUUAUUUUAUUUUCCUAUUUUAUUUUUUAUUUAUUAAUUUCCGUUUUUUCCUCUCUUUUUAUUUUUAGUUUCCAGUUCCCAACGCCUUAAUUUCUUUCUAUGUCGGUGAUUUCUCUGUUUAGGUUUCAAAAUUCUCACAAUUCCUUUGCCUUUUGAAUUUCAAUCGUAUGGGAAAUUGGAGAAGACGACACGGUUCUGAAAUUCCUCAUCAUCACCAACUCAAAUCCCCCAGAAACCCUUCUCCAGAUAAUUGGCACGCUGGUGUGCCGUCGUGGGAAAAGAAGUUUUGUUCAUCUGUUGGGUUGAUUUCAUGGAGGAAGUUGUUGGAUACUAAGAAGUGUAUGUACCUUUAUGACAAUGUGGUUAAAUGGAAUGACUCGGCAGGUGAAGAAGCGUUUCAUAAUGCAAAAAGUCGGUUUUGGGCGGAAAUUAAUGGAUUGCCUUGCGAUAUAUCGUUGCCUGAUCCUGACAUUUAUAUCGAUGAGAUCGAUUGGAAUUGUAAUGUUGACCCUGAUCUACUGUUAGAUUUGGAGAGAGAACAGAUUGCUCCAGCUGUUAGGGAGGGAGAUGUAGUGAUUGCGAGUUUGUAUGAGGCUCUUGGCUUGUAUCAGUCAUAUACAUGUGUCGGAUGGGGCGAAGCUAAAGAAGAUCUUCAGAAACCAAAAGCAGAGCCGGGUAAUUGUGAUCAGAAGGUGGAUGAUGGACAAAACUCUUGGGAGAUGACUUCUGCUACCAAGAAUAAUGUAGGUUUGAGAGAUGAGUAUUUGAAUAAUUCAGUUGGUUGGAAUGAUUGGGGGAAUAAUCACACUCACAACCACAGUUACAAUCACAAUCACAAUCACAAUCACAAAGAAUCAGACAAUAGGUUUACGAAUCGGAUUUGGAGAACAUGUGAUGCGAACUGCAAAAACACAGGUGGGAAUUGGUACCAUUCAUCGACAUUCAAGGGAUCAAGAUUUCAUUACGAUGGCUAUCAAAAGGAAAAUGGUUGGAGAAACAGCAGAAGAGGAGGAAGGAAGAGAGUAAAUUUUGCUCAUGAACCUAAUAAUUCUCCUGAAUGUUGGAAGAAUUCUAAUCCUAAUAGACCAGUAAACCAACAAUGGUCUUGCAAUGGGAUAAAUGGAGUCAGGAGAAACCAGUUUUGUGAAUAUUGAGUCUAUAUAUUAUCAUUCCUUAUAUUCUUUGUUACCUUUCAGGUAGAGAUCAUAUAAUAUACAAAAACAGGCAAACUACGCAUCUUUUGCUUUUCUUUGUGCACGGCUUGAGUUUCGCUGGUGAGUAUAGAAAUAUAUAUGUGUGUGUGUUCAUUCCCUCCCAAUUCCUUUGUACAGUACAGUCUAAAUGAGCAAUAUUGUGGCAUAUUUUUUAUGUCGUUAGAAAAAGCCUUUCCCUGUAAAUUGUACUUGCCAUGUUGGUUUCUUUUUCAGAAGUUUCAUGGCUUGUUCAGCUGGAAGUUUAGUAACUGAAAAUGGUUUCAUGUGUCA